GGGAGAACAAUCUGAAGCAGACCGUAUGCUUCUGUAUGUUAAAGACCUUCAUAAAAAAGGUAAUUCAUAUGUAAUGCUUGGUCCUAUUGAAGGAAAGAAUUGGGACCAACAGAUAGAUUACCUUUGUAUAUGUCUCCAACUUUGUCGAUUAGAUAGAGUUAUAUUACUUCAAUAUUACUAUCACAGAUAUAAAAAGGCCUUAAGAAUUGCUCAUCAGGUUUAUGCUCUUUAUCAAAUUCAUGAUGUUCAUAGUUUAUUAAUAUUUGAUUAUAUUUCUGCUUACGCAAUAUUAGAAAUGACCAAAGAAAAUUUUGAAUUAUUGUUAGAGGAAGUGAAAAGAAGAUGUGACGAAAAAAUAGAACCACCAUCCGGUUCUACUUAG